UUGGCCUACCCACUGGACAGGUCUGACCAACGACUGCGCCUGUACUAACUCAACGCAACUCUAUCAUCGCAUUGUGCCACCAAGCGUUCUACACUCAGCACAAGUGACAACCACAAAAAUUGCUAUACUCCACAAAUCUACUACAAUGAUCGCCUCACCCGCGUCAUCAGCGACGCUGGUCAGCCCAGAACCUUAUCACCGCCGGAAGCUCGACUUCAAUGUCGCCGCAAAGCCUAAGGGCCACCUCGAACCGCAUGUAAGCAACCUACCGCGACGAAGGGUGGCGAAAGGGAGGGCUAUCCUAGAGGAGAGCGAGAGCAACAGCAAGGGAAGCGCAAAAACACACUCUGCGCGCUCGCCCAGGGUUGAGGGAGAGCCUCAAUGUCAACACGCGAGCAUACAACCGUUGGGGGAAGAAACAGACGUGUUUGUCUCUUUUGAGGAUGUAGAGGAUUGGACUGGGGUCAAAAUUCGCGUCGAAGAUGAAGGAGAGAGCGAUCGAGGCGUACCGACUCUGUUACGCUCGGUUUUCCUCAAGCUGAUGAUGACCACGUCGGGAAAGAUUUUGGUUGUAGGGUCUGAGGGAAGAGUGAACGCAUUUGCUGUAGCGCUGGGGAUUCUUUGUCGGAGGAGCCGUAGGGAUGUCAUAAAGACAUACAUGGUACUGCAUGAUACGGGUGGAUUAGAGGAUUCUUGGAGGGGCUUGUUGAGUCGUGAAGGGUUAGAGUGGGUAGUCGGACAGCAGGAGUAGACAGACAUUGUAUUGAU